GAAUGACUGAAUUUAUGAGUAGUUCGCCAGUAGUGGUAAUUUGUCUAGAAGGUGAAAAUGCGAUAAAGUUUAAUCGCGAAAUUAUGGGGGCCACUGACCCCCAACAAGCCCAAGAGGGAACGAUUCGAAAGAUUUAUGGAAAAAGUAUUGAUAAUGCUAAUGCGGUCCAUGGCUCAGAUAGUGCUAAAGCCGCCGCAAGGGAAAUAGAAUUAUUUUUUAAAGAGGAGGAAAUUUUUUCUUAA